AUGUCGAGCAAAUUUCGUGGCAAAUACCUCCAAAUCAACCCUAUUGGGCGUUGCCACCUCGUUUUCAGACGUACUGGUCAUCAUUACUCUUGGGAGAAGAUACCUAUGACGGUUCACAACAUUAUCGUCGGUCGUCUCUGGAUUGAUAAUAGUGGCGAGAUGGACAUCGUUAACCAUUCCACUGGAGAAAAGUGCCAUCUUUCUUAUAAGGCCUAUUCAUAUUUCUCCAGUGAAACCCCUAGACGAGUUACUGGAGCCGUGACAGACGCCUCAGGAGCUGUACAGUAUGUACUCAAUGGUACUUGGGACGAUCAUAUGGAAUCGGCUGAGGUUGUAGCACAAGGCCAUUCGCAAAGUGGAAAACAAAUGUUGCAGACUGGAUCCUCCACACGCCUUUGGCAGCGCAAUCCUCUGCCACAGGAUGCCGAUAAGAUGUAUUACUUCACUAGUUUUGCGCUAACGCUCAAUGAUCUUGAAGACCGACUCUGUCCUACAGGUAUUGUUUUGAGAUAA